CAAGCCCUGCUGCUGUCCCCGAGUAUAAACCCCUCUUUGUCGAGGGGAGGCUGAUCUCCCUGAGCCGCAUGAUCAGCAUCAGCUGACAGCGCUGGGCACGGACCGGGGCGGGAUAAGCAGUUAACUGUGGGAGAUCAGCUGCUGGGCCUGCCCCUCGACCAGCUCCGUUGUUCCUCGGGGGAAAAAUGAGCGCCUGGCCCUCUCCUCUGCUCUGGAGCUUGGCCACGGCGUGUCUGACAGGUAUUGCUUUAGGCCAGCUGACCACUACCCAAGUCCCUAUUGCAUCAACCCCGGUGCCUCCCAGUGCCACCAUGACCCAUGCCUCCACACCCCCAGCUCCUGGCGGUGUGACCACCACCACAGACCUCGUCACGGCCACAGCUGUGCCGUCAGCAGACCCUGGAACAACAAUGCUCGCUCCGGCCCUGCCCACCACCCUGCCAGUGACCGCGCUCACCUCUGGGAUCGUGACCACCUCUCACGCAUCCACCAGUGCCUCGGCCACCCCUCCAGAUGUCACCACGUCUCCUGGAGAUCCACCAACAGCUCCGUCCCUCACCACCUCUGUGCCCUCCAACUGCAGCAGAGUGAACGUGACGGCAUGUGCCCCUUGCUCCCCAGGGACAUUUCCCAGCGAUGAUGCCUGGAGCUGCUCGUGCUGCACGGGGGGCUCGUGCACAGAUGCUGGUGCCUGCGUUCCCUGCCCGGUGGGGCACUACCAGCCCGCGUGGGGACAGCAGAGGUGCCUGCCGUGUCCGCGGGGACACUACGCCAACGCCACGAGGAGCACCGCGUGCUCGCCCUGCCCGCCCGGCCAUUACGCGAACGAGUCUGGGGCCGCAGCCUGCAGAGCGUGCCAGAAAGGUUAUUUUAGCUCCCAGCAAAAUGCAGCUUUUUGUCUGCCUUGCCUGCCUGGAUCGUUUUGCAACACCUCCAGCUGCACGGCAUGUCUGGCCUGUCCCGGUGGGCACGAGGCUCUGCGCGAGGCAGCCGAGGCGUGCGCGCCGUGCCAGGCAGGUAUGUUCAAAGGUCCCGGUGACACCGCGUGCAAGCUCUGCGAGCCAGGAGAAUACCAAUUGCUGCAGGGCCAGGAGAGCUGUGACCUGUGCCCAGAGAACCACUACUGCCCCAGCCCAGACGUGAAACCAACCAAGUGCCCUCCUGAUGCCUUCUGCCCCGCGGGCAGCACAGAGCCGCAGUACUGCAUGGAGGCCUUCCUCUACAAGGUGGGCAGCUCCUGCCAGCUGGCGCCGCUGGCCAUCGUCCUCCUGGCCCUUCUCUCAGCAGGUGGAAUCUUUACCAUCUUUGUGAUAAUACUGAAAAGAAGGCACGAAUCUAGCAAGAACUCUUUGAAGUCCCUGCUGCUACCAAGAAAAUCGGGGUGGCACACAACGUAUGGCGUGAUGGAGCACACAGAGCCGGUGUAUGCUGGCUGGUAGCAGAGGAAUUGCUAACGGCAAGCACGUGUGUGCAUAUGUGAAAAUGUUUAACAAUCACCAACCCAUUUCUAUAUAGCCAAAAUAAGUGCAGAAAAAUACGAAUCGAAUAAUUUUCAGCUGUGGCUACUUGUGCUAAUCAAUUCAGCUGAGUGAUAUUUGAAAACAGGCUGAACAGCACAAGUCUCCCCCUUUAAUUCUGGGCUUCACUUACAAAUAAAGUUUUCUCCUUUUCUUUAGAGGGGAAAAAAAACAAAAUUCCCCUUUCAGCAGUCAGCUCAACAACCUGAGCAAAGACUGACUGCUCCAGUUAUCAAGGUUUCCACAGCACAAUUGUUUCCACCUAAGUAGGAACUAAGAUGAAUGUAUUCCUUUAAAGAAUAUGCACAUGUAUUUACUUAUUUACCUUUCUCAAAACUUUACCAUUACUUUAAGGAAGGACAAAAUAAGGAAAAGGAUCCCAAAGCUUUCCCCUUCCUCUCAGCUGUGGGAAAACACAUGCAACAGACCUAAUGGUUGAUUCCUGGACAAAUACACCCCUUCUGUUUCCUGCUGCAGUUUCUAAUGCAGCGCUUCAUCCUACAGAAGCAAUGACAAACUUUGGGCAAACCUCGCAGAAAUUUUCUUUCUUAGCCAAGCCACACAGGUAAGACAUGAAACUGCACGAAGUCCUUUGGGGUGCAACUCCUGACGCCAAACUGUCUCUGGUGCAGGCAGCCCAAGUGACCAUCCCGGCUGGCUACACAGAUGUGAUUUGUAUUUUACAGCAACAAUUUAAAGUCAUGUAGGUGUUGUGUGGCUGGCUACCUCUUCUCUUUUUAAAACUG